AUGAGCGCUCAAAUUGUCGUGAGAAAGUCCGCAGAUAGAGGAUAUGCGAAUCAUGGUUGGCUUGAUACCCAUCAUACAUUUUCGUUUGCAUCCUACUUUGAUUAUAAAUUUCAAAGUUUCGGAUCCCUAAGAGUGAUCAAUGAAGACAUAGUGCAACCUACCACCGGAUUUGGAGCUCACCCGCAUCGAGAAUUCGAAAUUUUCUCGUAUAUUAUUUCUGGUGAAUUGCAACAUAAGGAUUCGAUGGGUAACGUUGAAAUUCUCAAAGCUGGUGACGUCCAAUUCACAUCAGCCGGCACAGGAAUCACACAUUCCGAAUACAAUAUUCAUCCAACCCUUCCUGUUCAUUUUCUUCAAAUAUGGGUGAAGCCUGACAAUCCAAAACUUCAGCCAAGAUAUCAAACCAUGACCUUCCCCAAAACUUCUAAGACGAAUAACCUCGUACAUAUCAUCUCUCCGGUUGCUGAUCAAGAUAACUCUACUAUUGGCAUUAAUACAGAUUUUCAUAUGUAUGCCAGUUUAUUGGAACCAGGUCAUAAGGUUGUGCAUACAGUACAAGGAAUUAAAGAGCCUAGAAGAGCUUAUAUUCAUCUUACGAGUACUGGUGGAAAUUUGAAAAUUAAUGGAAUCACGACAUUGCGACAAGGUGAUGGUGCAUUUGUUACUGAAAUUAAACAGGGAGAUGAAAUCGUCUUCGAGUCUGUUGGCAAUGAGAAUGCAGAAUUUGUGCUUUUUGAUCUAGCUUAA